AUGAGUCCCACACCGGAGGCUUCGCUCCCCGCCCGGGGCUUCACCCAGCUCCGCGGCGAGGGUCGCAGGAGCUCAGCUGCGGCGGCCCAGCCCGCCCGGGGUCGCUGCCGCCCUCGCUCUCCGAGCCGCUCGGCACUCCCGCCGCCGGGGGGCCCAAGAAGCGCGCUCGCCGCCGCCCGAGGCCGCCCGGAGCGAGUCGGGACUCCUCUCCGACCGGCGUCCGCUGUCUGGGCCGGGCUGAAAACGGGGCUCGGCCACGCGGAGAGCGCCGGGGCUCCUUCGGCCACAGCCCGCCUCGCCGACCCGGCUUUGGAGGCCGAGGCGCCGCCGACCAGCCUCGGGCGCGAUGCUCCUUCGCAAAGGAGCGCCCGAGCCGCUGCCGGCGAAAUGGUUCUGAUUGGAGAAUCUGGAGUGGGAAAAACCAAUCUGCUCUCACGCUUCACUCGCAAUGAGUUCAACCACGACAGCCGCACCACGAUUGGGGUGGAGUUCUCCACACGCACCAUCCUGGUGGGAGACGCCCUGGUGAAGGCCCAGAUCUGGGACACGGCCGGGCUGGAGCGCUACCGGGCCAUCACAUCGGCAUACUAUCGUGGGGCGGUGGGAGCCCUCUUGGUGUUCGACAUCACCAAGCACCAAACCUACGACGUGGUGGAGCGCUGGCUGAAGGAGCUGUAUGACCACGCAGAGGCGACCAUCGUUGUGAUGCUGGUGGGCAACAAGACGGACCUGGCCCAAGCCCGAGAGGUGCCCACGGACGAGGCCAAGAUGUAUGCUGAAAACAACGGGCUGCUCUUUGUGGAGACGUCUGCCUUGGACUCCACCAACGUGGAACUGGCUUUCGAGACCAUUUUGAGAGACAUUUUCAAUAAAGUGCAGAAGCAGAAGCAGAAGAGCCCUCUAGACAACAAAAUUUCUCUCUCUACCGAAAAUCCCAACGCGGCAUCCUCCUCGGCGGCGGCUGAGCAGAAGAAGGCCUGCUGCAUGAACCUCUGAGGGGGCUGGUGAGUGGGAGUCAUCAGCCAGGGUCAUGCACUGCAUUGAGCCAAGAGGACAUUUUAAUCCUGGGUUACCCAACGAGCUAGUGCCUGGGUUCACAUUAAGCCAAAAUUAAGCCAUGAUAGGCUAAAAGCAACUUAGCCAUAGAUGGGCUUUGGAAUUUCUUGACCUGGUUUGCCUACCUCAACUUCGGGAAUUUGGUCUUGUGUUGGAGCAACAUAGGAAAUUGUUCCAAAGCUGGAUCUAGAGUGGAUCCAGAUUGACCCACGCAUAGAACGGACUCACUGAAACCAAUGUCAUGGU